AUGCGGAAUAUUUCUCCUAAUUGGCUCCUUGUUUUUAAUUCCUCUGUCGCACACAUCGCUAGUUUUCUCUCGUGUCGGCUGAAGCCCUCUCAGGAGGCUCGGACUGGGUGGUCCUCAGUUCUGACUGACAUGUUCUCGGUGAUUGCCAGAUCGGCAGGGUUCGGUGUGUCGCUCCAUGCCGGGAUUCGCAAAAUUACACGUAUGAACGCAUUGCGUGCAUGUCAUAUCCCCCUCACUAAGCUUCAGGACCUUCCAUGGUCCGUGCAGCUCGCCAUGGCCUCUGAAGAGGUUCUCACCAUCUCCUAUGCCAUUCUGCUCGAGGAACUUUGUCAGAACCUGCACGGCACCCAGCUCUUCACUGCCACGUACUUUGAUCCUCGUCAACUCCAAGCCGUGUCUGAUUCUGAGAUAAAGUCUGCCUUGGUUACCGCUCAUCGUUACCUGGACGCACACAUGGAGACACUCCGUGCUCACCAACUUCAAGACUCACGUUACAGGAUUGGUCUCCGGUAUCAAAUUGUGCACCUCAUUGCCCGCCUUCCAGCCACGCAUCGUCAAGACGAAUGGUGCACCUGGGAGUUGUCAUGCCAUGACAGCCAGUGGAAUAUGUUGGUCUUCGACGAAACCCUCUGCAUCCCGAGGGACCCCAACUAUUCCUCCAACGGCACCCACUCUGUGGUCGAGUACGACCUCUGGCCUUACCAUGUCGAGGCUGUUGUCACACCUCCUGUCUGUCCUAGCAUGACGCCAUCUCCAGACAAAGCUGUUAACGUUGCUACGACCAGUUCUAACACCGGUGUGGUUCCUCAGCCUCAAAGGAUCACGAAGCCAGAGCCCCCUAAAGGCCCUUCAUUCACUAAAUUUGGUCCGCCCAAAAAGGCUGGCCUCAUCAAGAAGAUGGUAUCUUCACCUGUGGAGAUGCCCAAGUCUUUGACCCUGAUGGGUUUCUCCUACUCCCCAAUAUUAAAUACCCCACAGAAGGCGCAAGCCUCUAUCUUUCGUAACUUGGCUCUGAGGAAGCCUGUGGUCAUGGCCAAAAAGCCUGUGAUCCAAGUUCCUUCAAUCAUGGUCUACGAAGAUGAGGAGCUGGAGGAGGAAGAUGCCAUAGAGGAGGAGCAGGUGGAGGAUCAGUUAGAUAAGGAGCAGUCAGAAUCAGAGGAUGGCCUUUCUCCUCCGCCAGUGAAGCGCGCACGAAUGCGGUUGCUUGACACACUACCCCCUCCUCUGACCCAGCCUCUCACACCACCUUCUUCACCAUCCCCAUCUCAACCGCAAAAACGAGGAUGUGGACGACCCCCUGGUUCUAAAAACAAGAAAGGGCAGGGCACUUCGAGUGUGCCUAAAUCCACUUGCGGCCAUCUCAAGGCCUCUGUUGUUACUGGAUCCUUGCAUGCCCAGACUGCACCUGAGGCUUCAUCUCAUGAAGCCUCCUCUCUCUCCACAUUGUCCGAGCUCCCAGAUGAAGAACACAUACUGGCGCCAAGAGGGGAAGCCAUGCAAGGGCGAAUCUCCAUGCCUGGUUUGGAGAAAGACACCGUGCAUGCCAGGAGGUUCCCCAUUGAGGAAACUGCUCCUGCUGCAUCUGGGUCUGGCAUGCAAGAGGGAGAUAAUUCUGUCGUCGUUGAUGACGUUGUGUAUGCUUGUGCCUUCCACCCCUCAGUGGACCUUCAAUUCCAUGAGCCUAUGUCUCGUCAAGCCCUUGAGCAUCUCAAGCUCUCGGCUCUACCUCCUGCUCCGGCUUCUCUUUCCAAGCCUUCAACCGAAAUGCGCAACGGCCGUCCUGCCGUAUUCCGUGCUCACUCUGAUCUCGGGGCACACAUCCUGCAUGUGCCUAACAUAAGUUUAUUUUCUCUCUCGUCAAGAUUUUCCAUCCCUGCUUUAACUGCAGCUUCUCUGGUUUUCCUGAACUCUGCGAGUUCACUGGGGAAAUUGGAGAAGAAGCCUGCACCAAAUGCAAGACUGGCAGGCAUGGGAAAUGUUCUGCAUGACUCAAUGCUGUGGAUUUCCGUUCAUUAUUUCUUGUCAGCUAUCUUCCUCGAUGCCGAGAUCGGAACCUUCUACAACCUUGCUCACAGCCACAUGGCCGAGCGCAACAAGGUCGUUCAAGAAUUGGUUGACGGUCUCGACUCCAUUGCUUUGCGUGAGGGGGGAACUGCUAUCAUCGACACCUAUGCUGAGGUCUCUGACCUUAUUCGUUCUUUCAUUGUCGAGGUUGGCAAGGAUGCCUCCGAUUCUGGGUCUGAGGGUGGGGCCGACAAUGCUUAA